AUGCACAUCAAACAGGUGAUUCUGCGGGGUUUCAAAACCUACAAGGACCAGGUGAGCCUCAAUGAUGACAUGCACCCGGGUGUGAACGUCAUCGUGGGUUUCAAUGGCUCCGGGAAGACAAACCUCUUCAACGCCAUCCUCUUCGUCAUCUCCGACCAUUUCGGGAGUCUCCGUCAGGUUGCCUGCGAUGGUGAUGACAUUGGUGUAGAUGAUGAUGAGGGAUUGGCGAUUCUGGCCUUCAGACUUGUGAUUGUGGCGUAUCGGCGACGAACUCGCAUCUCCGCUGUCACCCACGCCCAUGGCACCAAUUCUCAGCUCUUUCAUGUGAAUGCCACAGAGGCCAAGGCGCGAAUCAGCGCCGAGGAGAAGGCGCACCUGAAGAAGACACUGUCCACAAUCGAGAAGGAUUCCUUGCGCUAUAAGAGCAGCUUUUGGAAGCCAUGGUUAGAUGAGGAGGGGAAUGUGAUAUGGAGCCAAUCACGGAUUGCCAUGGCCGAAGUAGUCUUGUCGCAGAUGUUCGAGACCAUCAUGGGCAUUGUCAUUGCCUUCAACAUCGGAGUGAUGGUCGUCGAGACGAACAUGGAUGCUUCGUGCCCCCGAACGGAUGACAUUCGAACCUGCACAGAAGGCAGUUUCAAUGUGCAGUGGUUGCAAAUCCUUAACGUCGUCUUGCUUGUCGUCUACUCCCUGGAGUGUGGAGCCCGUGCGUAUGUGGAGCGAAGUAUGUACAUCUGGAACCGGUGGAAUCAAAUCGAUCUGCUGACGGUCCUCCUCGGGUGGGGAGGCAUGUUGCUGGCCUCGGCGGUGAAUUUGAACGUUCUCAGGCUUUUCCGCGUGGUGCGCUUGAUGCGGGCUGCAAGGGUGGUGAUCUCUGUCCCGGAAUUCUACAUCCUGGUGAGUGGGCUUAGCCACUCCUUAAAGGCGAUCGUCUUUGGAUCUGUCAUGCUCUUGGCCGUCAUUCUCGUUUGGGCCAUUGUUUCCGUGGAGGUGCUGCAUCCCUGGAAUGUGCUGAUUGAAUACGACGCCGCCUCCUGUCCUCGCUGCCAACGAGGCUUCGAAUCGGUGCAAAUGGCAGCGCUAACGAUCUUCCAGCAGAUUGUUGCAGGAGAUUCCUGGGGUGAGAUCUCUCUUCCUCUUGCUGAGCAGUAUCCUUUCACAAUACCUAUUCUCUUCCUCAGCGUGAUGACGAUUUCCCUGGGCGUGAUGAACCUGAUCCUCGCAGUCAUUGUGGAAAGGGCCGCCGAAGCACGGGAGAAUGACCAGACCAGGAAGAUGCAAAGAAAGGACGCGGAGCGCGAGAAGCACAUGGUCGAGCUUGCCCUGUUAUGCGACAGCAUGGAUCGCGAUGGCAGUGGUUCCUUGUCUCUCGAAGAGAUGCUGCAUGGCUUCGACAACAACCAUCAGUUCGCCUCGCUCAUGCAGGUGAUGGACAUUCGUAGAACUGACAUGGAGACAAUUUUCAAUGUUUUGGACCACGACAGCUCCGGAGAGGUCUCUUACGUGGAGUUCUGCCAGCAGCUGGGAAACUUCCGCAAGAGGGACCCUCUGAUGAUGAACUCCCUGAUCAGGUACUCCGUCAUGGAAAUUCGAAAGCUCAUCCGCAAGGAUGUUAUGAAUCUCAUGUCUGAGCACACUGAGCUACUGACAGAGCAGUAUGACAUGCUCCACGAGCAGCUCGACCUCUUGGCGUCAGUUCCGGGCUUGGAGGAGAAGGCCAAGGAGGCCAGCAGCAAGCGGCGGUCGGCGAAGGUGCUGCGUCGACAGGGAAAGCAGCAGGGGAAGCCACAGAUCUUCUUCGACUCUGACGAUGGCACCGCCUCAGACACGGCCUUGUCUUACUUGUCAGCGGAGAACACAAGGUUUCUGUAG